AAUCUCUGAACCUGAACUAAUUUUCCCACGUAUCCUGAACUCUAAACCCAAUUCUGAGAAAUGUUCCCUUUCUGUUCUUCUUUUUCUUUUCGGGGCUCGGUAGCAGACGAAACUAACUAAUCUCUUUAAUGGCGGCGUUCAAAGGAAUUUCGCGUAUCAUUGGACAACAUACAGGUUUUAACCCUAGUUUUCAAUACCUUCUUCCAUGUCAUCUCAUCUGUUCAAGAGGAAUCUUCUCGAAGGUCAUCGUCAGAGGGUUACGUUAUUCCACAACAGAUGAAGUUUUAUCCGAAACCUUUUCACAAUUUGGCCAAGUGGUUGAAGCUGCAAUGGUAAAGGAUAAGGUCACAGAUAGAUCUAGGGGUUUUGGGUUUGUUACCUUUGAAUCAAUAGAAGAAGGUAUGGACGCCAUCUCAGGAAUGAAUGGAAAGGAACUCAAUGGACGGGUUAUUUCCGUGGACAUUGCAAAACCUGAGAGAACAAGUAUGAGGCAUGAGAUGCCGAUAGCAAGUGGCCCUCCUGGAUCAAGUAUCGACGAUAAACCUAAAAAGUCAACUCCUAAAACCAAAAGUAAGUCAAAGAAAGUAGAAAGUAAAGCAGCUUCAUCCGAGGUGUCAUAGCAGAAUUUCCAGAUGCAGUUGCAGCUCUUGGUUUUUUGGGGAGGCCUGAAAGAGUGGAAGAUUUUUAGUCAGCAAAUGAUCUUUCUUUCCUUUCUUGUGCAAUGAUGGGCAGCAUUGCAAGAAUGAUGUAACUUGUUCCUCAAUAAAUAUCACAAUAAAGGUUACUAUAAGAUGAGCAAGUGUGUUGUUCUCCAUCUUCUCUCUGAGCUCGCAUGUUUUGAUAGUCCAAUAGAUUUGUGUUCUUAAGAAAGAGCAGCAAUGUUAAAACUAUUAUUUCUAAUUCUAUUUUGUAAAUAAUUAAAUAAAAAUAUCACUGAGAUUAUUUAACUGUGAA